AUCGUGAGGCGGGGCUCCGAAUUGGUACCUUGAGGUCGUACUAACGAGAACGCCGCGCUCCGCUUCACGGAUCCGAGCAGGACAGGGUAUAUUUUACACCACGCUGCAUCAUAAACACGACCAUGGAAGGCUUUAACCAAGUAUUAUCAGAAUAUCCGCAACUCGGCAUUGCUGGGGGAGUUGGGGCCACGAUAUGCGCUGCCGGAGCACUCAUUUACAAAAUUGCAACGAGGAAGAAGCCCACUCACAUCGGGGUGAACUGCUGGUUCUGUAACCAGGAUACAGUGGUGCCGUACGGAAACAGAAACUGCUGGGACUGUCCCAACUGUGACCAGUACAACGGCUUUCAGGAGAAUGGGCACUACAACAAACCAAUCCCAGCUCAGCACUUAGAGCAUCUUAACCAUGGGGUGUCUGCUGGACUCGCUGUGCCAGAAACGCCCAAAGUUCUGCAGUGGGUCAAUUGCCAGAUGCUGCUGUGCAAGAAAUGCAACAAUAACCAGACGCUGAAGAUUAAGCAGCUGGCUUCAUUUGUACCCAGGGAAGAGGAGAAAUAUGAUGAAGAGAUUGAGGUUUACAAACAUCACCUGGAGCAGACCUACAAGCUGUGCCGUCCUUGCCAGACCGCUGUGGAGUAUUACAUCAAGCAUCAGAACCGGCAGCUCCGAGCUGUGCUCUUCAAUCACCAGCUGAGACGCAGCAGGGAGGCGAACAAGGCAUGCGUGCAGAAUUCUUACACCCCCAACUUUUCAACUCCUGUCCGGGUGAUAUUUUUGCGCAUCUUAGCUUUCCUUAGUUGUGUUUUCUUGGUGGCCUUGGCAGUGUACGGCUCUCAAGACCCCUUUACCCCGGCCAGCUCCCUGCAUUCUCCUCCCGCCCAGCCAGUACUGAAUAACUCCAAUGCGUCGGGCUCCACGGAUGGGAACGCCAGAGUUAGUGAGGGGGCUCCGGUCUGGCAGGAGCUGUUCAGUCUGGUUUCCCAAGAGGCUGUGGAGAACCUGAAACUGGCCUGGGACUAUGGGAAGAGCCAUCAGAUGGCUGUGGCCUCUCUGGGCUUGUCCACGUGUUUAAUGGCUGUCUUUCUGGCUGGACGCAUCAGGCUAAGGCGCAUUGAUGCUAUGGCUUCGAUUCUGUGGCUCGCUGUGCUGGGUUUGCACCUGGUGGAGAACUACCAGAAGACAGACGUCCCCAGCUGGCUGGACACGGCGAAAUUCAGCACCACCUCUCUGUGUUGCCUGGUAGGGUUCGCCGCUGCUGUGGCAACCCGGAAAUCCUCAGGCCAGCGAAGAUACCGUGCACGAAGGUAUGUGUCUGGAGAUUCUGCGACAUCGUUCUACAGCGGUGACCCCGGGAUCCUGUCUCCAGCUCUGUCUGCUUCCUCCGUCUUCCUCCCCACUCCGCCCCCCAUCCUCUCCCACCUGGUCAACCACCAGCUCUGCCACAGGGUGCGGAAAGCCUCCCCCUCCUCCCUGCCGGGCCGUCUGAACCGGGCGCUGUCCCUGGGAACCAUCCCGUCCCUCACUAGAGCAGAUUCUGGCUAUUUAUUCAGCGGCAGUCGCCCCUCUUCGCAGAUCUCUAACUGCAAGGACUCUCCUCCUUCAGAUUUUUUUUCCCUUAAAUCCGGAAGUCGCCCGUCCUCUCCCGGUCCCUCCCCUGCCCCCUCGAUCGCGGGCUCGGUGACCUCGACCUCCAGCUCUGCGCGGGGCCGGCGCCCUCUCAUCAGCCCUGCACGCCUCAACCUGAAGGGGCAGAAGCUGCAGCUGUUUACAUCGCACAGCGAGGCGCUCCCCUCUCCCACGGCUUCAGACGACCCCAGCAACACGACGGGUCCUGUUUUUGUACCUGAGCUCUCAGCCCUUCCCUCACACAACCACGACCCUAAAUCCGUUGUCGAGGGAGGCAGUGUGUUUGAUGAACUUGAUGAAAAGAGGGGAAGUUCUUCAGGGUCCUCCUCUUGUCUGGUGGACACUACGACUGGUGACUGCCCUGACAGCGGGAAAGGAUUGAAGGGGCUUCUAGGGAACUCCGUACUGCAAGGUCUUCUCUGCCUGAGUCUGAUGGCGAACAUCAUCUACACCUCUGUGUACCUCUACCAGAGCUUGACAUGAGUGAGAGCAUUGAGAGAGCCAACAUUGCUCCCGUUCUCCAGCCAACGUGUUCCUGGUGCUCGCUGUGAAAACCUCAUCCCAACACAGGCCCACAGUGGCACCCAAUGGACUCUGCAACCAUCUGCUUCUCCAAGACUCCUGGAACUCCUGGCUAGUGCAGGGCAUUCUGAUUUUUAUUCUGUGCUAUGUAUUAUAGAUAAGUGGGCUUGGAAGUAGUGAGCAUGGAGGCAACUCUUAGAAAGCUGGUGCUGCUAGGGUGGGUUUUGUCUAUGGAAUUUAAAACACAAAGCCAUGUACCCCUGUUACUGUAUUUGCAGUCCCUAAUCAGGAGAUAGAAAUGUACAGUAAAUGUAAAUCUUGUGUACUUUUAAUGGUGCUCUGUUUAUAUGUAUACAUUGAAGCAAAUAGGCUACUGAGAAUUUUACAGUACAUUGGAUAACAGGUACAGAACAGCAACUAGAUCCCUAGUGAUUAUGGUGUGCUAUUAAAGGCCAUUAUAAUAUGUGAAAAAGAUAAAUAAGAAAAUCUGGGUAAUUCUCACAAUGGUCAGGUAAAGUCAAGUAAAUCCGAUUUACAAUUGCUCGUCGCUGCUCAGCGUUAGGUCUGUAACGCCUGCAUAGGAAUGUUAUGCCUGUGCAUUCCUCAAAAUGAACUUGACUGUGAAAGCUGAGCUGAUCCGCAGUAAAUGUGCUUAAAGCUUUUUCUGUUUCCUCUUUGUCACUGCCUCAAAUUCUGCAAUCAAAGCGGAAUUAGCAUUAUUUAUAAAAAUAAAUCAAACCACUGCCGUGUUGUUUUAAUGUACACUGUGUAAAAGCGAGGCUUGUUCUGUGGGGAUGCUUCGGGAUAUAUUCAGCUCUAUCGGGUUUGAUAACAAUACUGUCUGCUUUUUCAGUCUCUUUUCAUUACUCGUUAAAAUAGCACUCGGUUAUAGCAUAGACACGUCCAUCUCGGUCAUUGUGUUUAAUAGGUCUUGGUUUUUUCACUUAACGGAAUUCAAUACUUUUUUCAAUAGUUUAGAUUUUAGUUGAGCGCUUUACAAAUAAAAUAAGUUUGGGAUCCAACCUUUUAUUUUUAUUUUUUUGUCCUGCUGAGUCUGCCAAACAAGGCACAAAGGCUUGCAAUCACUACUGUAAUUAAAAAAAUGAGUAAUUCUUUUUUAACAAGACUAUCGUGGCAUGCACAGGAAAAUACAGUAUGCAUGUCUUUGUUGUCUGCUGUAGGUAAAAGGUGUGCCUUAGGGGAGCAAACCUUGAUGGAUUGAACAGGGAGAGGUGUUUAAUCAGGAUUAUGUGGAAGUGGAAUCACUCUCCCAGGCACUGUUGUCAGUGUUCUGUCAUGUUAUCCUGCAAUAACACAGCACAGUUUGGAUAAACAAGCUUCACACAGAACUAUGGCCACAGCAGCCUGUCAACAAGUUGAAUCGGUUAGCAAUCAGACUUGAUGAGGAAACUGUGAAUAACUGUCCUUCAAAACCUAAUAGAGAGCAAAGGACUUAGCUAGUGUACAUUAAGACAGCAGUCUCUCUCUGUUGAGGAUGCAGUGAUGCUGCACAGUGUGUGUGUAUCGAUGCCUCCCCGCUCUCUCUCUCUCUCUCUCUCUCUCAUUGGAUUUGACUGCCAUGUGGUCUUUGGGAGAUUAAAGCGGUUUAUGUAAACAUUUAUACACCUAAUUUUAAAGCAGCUGAGACUGAAAGAAAUCUGUCCAACUGCUUUUUAUUAUUAAUAUUCGUUUAUUAUUGACAAAAAAAAGAAUCACGCCGACUUUAUGGCAAUCUGACCAACUGGCUGCAAGGCAGCUUUCACUGCAGUGUAGAUUCCUGAGGUUAACAAUCAUUGGGUGAAGGUGAAAGCUCACAGGUGAUCUGGAAUCUGGGAAUACCAUGUGUAUUAAUAGCUGGAAUGUGGUUCUACUGCAGUAGCAGUCGUACAGCAGAAGCAGUAUGCAUGCUAGGUGACAGGUAGGGUCUUUGGAUAUGUUCAGUGCAAGCCCUGUUUUUACACUGGAAGUAGAUGUUGCAAUGAUUUGUACUGUAAAAAUAAUAUAGCAUGUUGAGAGUCUACUUCUUUUUAGAACUUCUGUUCAGGAAGAAAAAAAAAUAACCACAACAAAACUUUCAUCAGAUUUCCGCGGUGCUUAACUGUGUGCAGGACCUUCAGACGAGGUACUGCCGUUUCUCUCUUCCUCAUACAGGGAUUGGGUAGACAAAAAAAUGACCCAGCUGUCUGAACGAUAUCUCGGAGAAACCUUUCGAAACUCUUCUGCUCAGUCAAAACUUUUUUCUUUUGGUUAGGGCAGGUGUUGUUUUAAAUUGGGUUGUUCUUUUGCAGUGUUUUUGUUUGUGCGAGGAUUAAAGCUGCUACAAUGUCAGGAUCAACCUGUUGCAUAAAAAACAUAACUGCUGUAAAUGUGUUAAACAAGUCAUUGCUAAGGUACAGUGUAACACCUGCUUUGAUACUGGAGGUGUUACAUACAGUACUGUGAGCGUGUAUGUAUAUAAUGUAUAUGAUAGCUUGGGUUCAGGUUUUUCUGACUUAAUUGUUUCUAUAUACUGUUUCUAUAUAGUGGGAGAGAAAGACAUUGUUGCAGUUGUAUAUGAUUAUGCUAUACCGUCUGUACAUGUCUGAUACCGGGUAAUAUUUUUGUAAAUUGUUUUUAAAAAUGUGUCUGUGUUGUUGUAUUCAAUUCAAUGCUGAUUUUAGGUAGGUGUCUGAAAGAAAAAUAUUACUUUGGGCACCAAUAUUAGGUUUGAUUGUUAUUGUAGAGAUUUGUUUACGAACUUCAAGAGUUCUAGAGAUGGCGUGCCCACGAAUGCUAAUAUUGUACACAUUUUGGUUUCAACUGCAGUCCUCAGAGAGCUGAGUGUCGUGUUUCAGCUGCUCUUUUUACAUGGACUGUGUAAAGUAUUCUGCUGGAAAUUUGGAAUGUUAAAAAACAAAGAAUAAUAAUUUGACAUGUUUGCGAACUUGUGCACUAAAUAUGAUUUGUUACUCAACUCAUUUUUGAUAUGUCGGUCAUUUUAAAAUUGUAACUACAGAUAAUUUACAGUUUUGAUCUGUGCUGUGUGUAGAAUGCACUGUGACCCUGAAUGCUCUGCUGCAUGUCUUAUUGGAUCAAACUCUUAAAUACAAACAGUGCUGAUUGUUUGUUAGUUUUUUUUUUUUUAAGUAUUUCUACUAAAAUUGUUUGAGGGGGGAAAAGUAAUUUCUUGCUUGCUUGGCAAUUUUUACAUUUUGUAACAGUUUUUUUACAUAGCACUGCAUUAAAUGAUUAUUCUGACUGAGCUCUCCACAGAAAUCAGGUGAGGGGCGUUGAAAUUGACUGGGCUAAUUUACCAUUCAAAGUAAAACAAGUGAAGAAACAGCAGCUGGGAUUGGGAAUGGGCCCAAUCAACAUCAAUGACCCUCGCCUGUGGAGAGCUUGAACUGGCAAAACGGUUCGGACUUUGUUUUAAAACGUCAAAGGCUUUCCAUAAUCCUGCUUCAGACAAAAUCUUAUUGCAGAAUUGUAUUGCUGUUGUUUUUUUGUACCAGACACGUUACAGGCCUCAUCCUUGCUAGCAUGCUAUUUGUAUAAGUUUGCAUUUAUCUUGCUUAGAUCUUUCUGUUAAGACAACACAAAUCUAUUAAACUACACUUAAAUCAA